AUGGGCUUCCUGAGUUCUGGUGAGAAGUGGAACCGACAUCGCCGUCUGCUGACACCUGCCUUCCACUUUGACAUCCUGAAGCCCUAUGUCAAGAUUUUUAACCAGAGUGUGAACAUCAUGCACGCCAAGUGGAAGCACCUAUCCUUGGAAGGCAGUGCACGUCUGGAAAUGUUUGAGAACAUCAGCCUCAUGACCUUGGACAGUCUGCAGAAAUGCCUCUUUGGCUAUGACAGCAACUGUCAGGGGUCUCCUAGUGAAUACAUUUCUGCCAUCUUGGAACUCAGCUCCCUCAUAAUAAAAAGGUCAUAUCAGCUCUUGAUGUACGUGGACUUCCUGUACUACCACACUGCUGAUGGACGGCGCUUCCGCAAGGCUUGUGAUCUGGUGCACAACUUCACAGAUGCCGUCAUCAGGGAGAGACGUCGCACUCUCUCCAGCCAAAGUGUUGAUGAGUUCCUGAAGUCCAAGACUAAGUCUAAGACUUUGGACUUCAUUGAUGUACUCUUGUUGGCCAAGGAUGAACAUGGAAAGGAGCUGUCCAUUGAGGACAUCAGGGCAGAGGCUGACACCUUUAUGUUUGGAGGUCAUGACACCACAGCCAGUGCACUCUCCUGGAUCCUGUACAACCUGGCAAGGCACCCAGAAUACCAGGAGCGCUGCAGGCAGGAGGUUCUGGAGCUGCUGAAGGACCGAGAGACUGAAGAGAUUGAAUGGUGGGCAUGGAAGUCUUUGCUGUUACAGCUUCUGGUCACCAUGCUCAUUGCUGCAUUGCUUACAGGGUGUGUCUGUGUAGCUAAGGCUGACUUACAAAGUCUGAACACCUUUGCUUUCAGGGACUACAUGCCCAGUUUGACAUCUUCAUUUAAUGAAUUUUGUUUCACAUAG